UUUGUUCGGUCGCGUCCGGCCAAAUAAACAAAAUUUGUUGCACUUUGAUUUGUCAAACAAAUCGCAAAUGCUAAAAAGAAAGAAAAAAGGAAGGGGUGGUUUUCAGUUUUGCCCUCCACUCUAUCUCUAUCAAUGGCCAUGAAAUCUGCAACAUGCUCUUCUUACGAGAAAUUUGAGAUCAGGAAACGAAACCCAAACCCCAAAAUCUCAGUUCUGUUAGUGAUUGAUAUGCAAAACUACUUCUCUUCCAUUGGGAAGCCCAUCCUCUCAGCCAUCAACACCACCAUCGACCUCUGUCGACGUUCCUCCAUCCCCGUACUCUUCACGCGCCACCGCCACAAGUCCCCCUCCGACUACGGCGUUCUGGGUGAGUGGUGGAACAACGACCUAAUACUCGACGGGACCCCCGAGGCGGAGCUGAUGCCGGAGCUGGGCCGGAAGCCUGGAGAUGGGGUGGUGGAGAAGAACACAUACAGUGCGUUUAGGGGCACGGGCCUGGAGGAGCGGCUGAGGGAGAUGGGAGUGGAGGAGGUGAUCGUGACGGGGGUGAUGACCAAUCUGUGCUGUGAGACGACGACGCGUGAGGCUUUUGUGAGGGGGUUUAGGGUUUUCUUCUCUACAGAUGCGACGGCGACGGCAUCGGCGGAGCUGCACGAGGCCACCUUGAAGAACAUGGCUUAUGGGUUUGCUUAUUUGGUCGAUUGCGAGAGGCUUCGAGAUGGGUUUUCUGUGUAAAGUUAGGGAUUCUAUGUAUGUUGUGUGUAAAGUUUGGUUCUUAUGUUUUUGCCCUUUUUAGUAUGUUGUGUGUUAGUUUGUCUAGUUUUUAAAGUAUGGUGCAAUAAAAAUGGCUUCCUUCUUGACAUAUUUGUAUUGGAAUUGUCCUUUUUUUUUUCUUUUUUUUUUCUUCAUGAACUUGAAGAGAGAUUAAGAAAGGAAAAUGAAAGGACUGAUGAAAUGUGAUUGAAAUAUGAUAUAUUUCACACACAUUUUCUCUUUACCUUUCCAAACCCUUCCAAAAUUCAUGAACCAAAGUUGCCAAGUAGCUCAUGGUUUUGUUGUACUGUCUACUUAUUGUGCUGCUUGUUUCUUUUAAAAUUUACUCAAUUCCAAUGUUA